AUGGAUAAAAAUUUAGUAACAGCAACGAAUGAUGAAUCCAUGGAUAAGUUUUCUAAUGAUUACGUUCAUAUAAAUGAGCAUUUUUCAGUUCCAUUGGAUGGAGUAGAAUUGUCUAAUAAUAAUAAUAAUAAUAAUAAUAAUAAUAAUAAUAAUAAUAAUAAUAAUAAUAAUAAUAAUAAUCCAAUUCAUCAUAUAAACUAUGGAAUUGACACAUUUACAUCGCCUACAUGCUUUGCUUAUAUCUUGCAUUUGUUUACUUUGAUCACUGCAAUCCUUGACCAACCAAUAAUUUAUCCUAGAGAUUUUGUUGAAAUCUAUCCCAAGUUAAAACUGUUGGACAUUUCCAUUCGUGAUAUUUCUCAAUCAGAUCGUUGGUAA